GGGCGGAGCGCGGCGGUUAUGGCGGCGGCGGUGGGGCGCGUGCUGCGGCUGUGCCGCCGCUGGGGCGCGGGGCCGCGCGCGCAGACAUUAAGCCUGAUCUGUACCACUACAGCAAUGCAGAGAAAAAAUGUAGGAGCCUCAGGACCUGAAAAGUACACGGAAGCAUUUAUUAAAAAACAGAUUGAAGAGUUCAACCUAGGAAAGAGACAUUUAGCCAACAUGAUGGGAGAAGAUCCAGAAACUUUUACGCAAGAGGAUAUUGAUAGAGCUAUUGCCUAUCUCUUUCCUUCUGGUUUAUUUGACGAGCAAGCCAGACCUGUGAUGAAGCAUCCAAAUGAAGUUUUUCCAGAGCAGAGAAAAAUCCAGUGGGGAGAAGAUGGCCGACCGUUUCACUUCCUCUUUUAUACUGGCAAGCAGUCAUAUUAUUCAUUAAUGCAUGAAAUAUAUGAAAAAUUGCUGAAUGUUCAGAAACAUCAAGACCAACUGACAGCUCAAGACCUUCCUCUUCAGAAGGAAAAAAGAAACCUGGCUGGCAACAGAUGGCUGACUAAGAUUGAAUUGGAAGAAAUGUUGUUAGAAAAAGUGUCAGAUGAUGAUUAUUCAAGAUUUAUUCAACUCUUAAAAAAAUUGGCAGCAUUGCCAUGUGCUGACAUCGAGGAGAAGUAUAUACAGAAGUUUUCCAAAGAAGUUCCAGCACAGUUGCAGAAGGUGGUUAUUGAGCCCUUGCAGUAUGACGAGCGAGGAGUGGCCUUCAGCACCGGGGAAGGUAAAAGAAAAACUGCACGAGCUACUGCAGUAGUUUAUGACAAUGGGACUGGAAAAAUUACAGUGAAUGGAAUAAACAUUUUACAUUACUUCCCAGUGCUGCAGGACAGGGAACAGUUGUUGUUCCCUUUCCAGUUUCUUGGAAGAAUUGGAAAACAUGAUAUGGUUUGCACAGUCUCUGGUGGAGGAAGAUCUGCACAGGCCGGGGCAAUACGUUUAGCCACUGCAAAAGCCUUAAGGAGUUUUGUGACAGAAAAGGAGGUGGAAUUCAUGAGGCAAGCUGGGUUACUAACGGUUGACCCACGUGCGAAGGAACGAAAAAAGCCUGGUCAAGAGGGACCGAGACGGAAAUUCACCUGGAAAAAGCGAUAAAUCUUGAGUAUUUAAAGAGUGACAAAGUGCUACCAUAGUUUCAAAACAUGCUGAUUUAUGAUUUUAAACUGUUGUAUGAAUAUAUUUAGUAAUAAAGACUUUUU